CGCACCAUCUCAUUCACAGCUGCAGCAAAUUCGACUUGCUUCUUCUCUUCUCUCCCUCCCUCCACAAUCUUUCGCUUCUCGUCUAAAUUUCCUCUUGUUGUUAGUUUUCUCUGUCUUCUUAGUUUUGUAACAGUGGAUUAAUAAAGAUUUGGUACUAUGUCGGCAACGGGUUCUCACACCAACAAGACGUCGCAGAAAAAGGAUCGUCCUCAAAUAAUUAAAUUGAAUAAAGCUUUGGAACUGGCUAAAAAAUGGGUUAAUGACAUGACUGAACCAGCAGAAGAUGAGCAUUUUGAAAUACAGAGUCGACCUGCUAGGCUUGGACUAGGUGCUAAAGUUCCCCGGCCAUCCAAAUUUGUACCUUCAGAUGAUCCCCUUGAAAGGAAAUUACACUACAAAUUGGACGCUGGAAGAAGAGCUGCUGCCAAAAUUGCCGAGGAGUCCGCCGCCGCAUCGGCUGCUAGCGAUGAUGACGACGAUGAAGAUUUAGACAGCAGAACCAAAGCGUUUGAGAAGAAAAGACCUGCAGCUCCGGUGACCCCAUCGUUAGGGGGAAAGAAAAGGAAGAAAGUUAACCAUAACACCCUUGUCAGAAGUUAAUUUUAGGGAUUGGGUUCUGUUGUUCUGGUAACUUCGUACAAUUUCUUUAUCUGUAAUUAUAGAUGUUCAGUCAAGAAAUCAAAGCUUGUGGAAAGGUGGUAGGAACAAAUAUUCCACAUUUUCCAAACCCACAGCUUGUUCAGAGUAUUUGCAAACCGUAUCCAUUAAGGAUGUUUCAUGUGACAACUGUUGCCCAGGAUGCCGUGGGAGCCAUAGUUUUUCGAUGUGGCAGAUUCUAUGCUCUAUCUACAUGAUUUCAGUUGACAAAGUUGCAAAGCCAAUUCAUCUUGGAUCCAGGAUACUCCAGGAUAGCUAAAGAAGAUCUCCUCUUUAUUGGUGAAAUGUUGCUUCUCAACCUCUGGAUGCACAUAUAUGACUUGCUUUCCAACUGCCUCAACCAGAAGGUGGGUUGGUUUUCGGCAUGGACAAUAAGCCAGAUUGUGUUUCACAAGUUCAAAAUGCUAUCUUUUUUAUUUGACUCUGCCAUAGCUUAAUAUGGUAUCUUCCAUCAAUUCUUGGAGAAUGGCGUCACCCAUGUCAACACCAAUGGUCUCAAUAUCAAAUCGAAGGUCCAUCCACGUUCCAGUUCUUGACAUGUCUUUUGUGACAAUCUGGUCCGAAGUACGAGGGAAUGGAAGCGGAAGGAGAUGCCAAUAAACUCAUGUCCAGACCUCGUGUAUAGCAGUUUUCAGGUAUGGUACUGGCCUGUAGUGGUUGUAUUGACAGCUCUACUGCAAAUCAGUCAAUGAGUUAACAUUAACGAAGAAGUGCUAUGAAAAAAAAAGAAAGAAGGAAUUCCAAGUCAAUUUGUAUUAUAAUGAACCAUACCUCGUCGAGAAAUGGUUUUUGAAGGGCUGAUGUUAUCAUCUAUGAAUAGUGGCUCAAGAACUGAAACAGGGCUUGGCCGCUCUGCUA